GAGGGCACCAUCCCAGAGGUGGAGAUAUGUAUAGACCCCAGAUUACCGAUGCUUAUAUUCGUCCAAAUAUGCCAUUUAGACCUGGUUUUUACUCUGGUCCAGUGGCCUUUGAGGGUUAUUAUGGACCACCAAUGGGUUAUAGCAAUUCCAAUGAGCGGGAAAUUCCUCUCAUGGGCAUGCCUCCUGGUCCCCCAGUUUAUAAUAGAUAUUCAGGCCCAAACACUCCUGAUCCAACUAAUACUCAUGCCAGAAUUGGCAGCCAUGGUGCUAAUGCCAAAGCAUUGCCAGAGGGAGUAGAGUCUGCUCACCCUGAUGAUGCUAAAGGACCAUAUAAAGUUCUUUUAAAGCAUGAUGCAAGAGAGGAAGGAGAGACGUGGGAACAUUCUGCGCCCACUAAUGGCCCAUAUCCUGAUAGAAACUUUCAGAGAUCAUUGCAGAAGCAUGAGCGGGGAGGUGAGCAUGACAGGGAGAAGGAAUUGUAUUCAAGGAGAACUACAGGGAGUGGGAACUGUUAUCCGCGUAGUUAUGAUGAUCGAGGAUGUGAUUCUUCAGAUAACACCAAAGCGAACUCAUUUGAAGGUAUAAAUACUAUGAAGGUUGCUGAUGGCAGUUAUACAAAGAAACCAGGUUAUGUGGAAUCCUCUGGUGGAGUGCCUCCGUCUUCCUCAGCUCCUGAAAGGGGUUCAACUCUUGCAGUGACUGCCAGAGACUCCUCCUUGAUGCAGAAGAUUGAAGGUCUAAAUGCAAAAGUUCGAGCAUCUGAUGGACGUUAUGAAGCGCCUUAUGUUUCUUCUGAAGAGGAUAUCAAUAAGUCAGAACUAAAUCCUAAGGUUACCAAUUCAAUAAAUGAAGUUAAAGGUGCUCUUGUGUCAUUCGAAAGAACUCAUACUGGAACCACUGGGAACAAGGGAGGCCAGUUAACAGCUACUAUGUCAAGGAGGCCAAAUCGUGGUGUGCAAAUCAAAAGUGAUAAUCUUGGUAAAGCCCGAUCUGAUAGUCAUGAUGAUGGUUGGAGAAAAAGGCCCAUUGCUGCUGAAUCAUCUGUUGUGGCUUCUGCAACAUGCUUAGAACCUGCUUCUAAUGUUCAUGCAUGUGAGCCAGGUCCUCAAGUUGAGGCUGCUGAGCAAGCUUUAACUGAUAUAAUUGUGAGUGGUGAAAAAGAAUCCUUGUCAGAAUUGCAUGAUUCAGCAGAUAACCAAGCGCAGCGUGCAAAGAUGAAAGAGUUAGCCAGGCAGCGUGCCUUACAGCUACAGAAAGAAGAGGAAGAACGAAGUAAACAACAGAAAGCCAAAGCUCUUGCUAAAUUGGAGGAAUUGAAUCGCCGUAUGCAGGCAGGUGAUGCUUUGUCUCAGAAGGCUAUAAAGGAUUCGUCCCCUGAUGUUAUGAAGCAAGAUCUGGAAGGCUCCUCACCCCCUGAACCAGUGGUGCCUAGUGUCAGACCUCAAGCCCGCAAUGCAGCUUUAGCAGCACAGUGUGAUGUAAUUGAUACUAGCAACCACAUUCUAGAGAAAGGCAGUGAGCAUACUAAUCCACCUAUUAUGUUAGAAUUUGGCACUUCUAUUAUGGUCCAGUCAGAAAUAGCCAUCCCACAACCCCAAGCUUUGCUAUCUAAGCAGGAUGCCAAUAAGGUUGCUACCACUCAUGGAAAAGUUGCUUGUCAGUCAAGUGAUGGGGGUGUUGUCAAGCAUAAGCGUACUAGCCACAAGCAAAGGCCAAAUAUGACACCAAAGAAUAUGAAUGAAAAAUCAGUUCUGGUUAGCGUUACUGAGGUAUCCAAGGGUCAUAAUGAUGUAAAUAUUAAUGAUGUUCCAUCAACUGAGACUCAUGAAGUUGGCUUAAGUGCUGAAUCAAACAUGGUUAAUAAUGCCAAGGUUGCCGUUGAGUCUUCCGCGCAGCAGAGAAGGAAAGGUAAUAGGACCAACAAGAACAAGCAGAAGCUUGAUACUGCGCUGCCUAGCCCAGCUACUCCAUUACCAGUGCAAAAUGAUAGUGAUCCUGCUAAAGUCGGUAUGCAACAGGAGAAGUUGAAUUCAUCUCAGCUGGUUCUAGAUGUGAGCUCAGUUCAGGCAGUAAGUGGUGAUUGUGUUGUGCAGCCUUCUGAUCAGAGUUCUCCUUUGCCUAUGGAAGAAGGUCAUAGUCGAGUAAUUAACCAAUGGAAACCUCAGCACCCUCGCAGGCCGCAGAGAAAUCAGCACCCUAAUGUGCAUACUGAUAAGUUUCAUGGAGGUGAUACGGUUGUGUGGGCACCUGUGCGGUCUCAGAGCAAAACUGAAGAUGCUGCUGAAGCAAGGCAGAAAACUGCGUCUGAUUCCGUUGGUCCUCUGAAGAGUGAUAAUAUGGUGCAGAGUAAUUCAAAAAGCAAGAGGGCUGAAAUGGAGAGAUAUGUUCCAAAACCGGUGGCCAAAGAGCUUGCACAGCAUGCUAGUAGUCAACCGCCACUGUUGUCGUCAGGCAGUUCUCCUGGUCCAGAUGAGACAACUGGAAGGGCAGACUCUACGCCUGAAAACCUACCUAUUAGCUCUGUAAUUGAAAGCUUUUCCAUAGAGUCCAGGAUUGGUGACGUCAAACACAAUAAUAAUAGGCAAGGGAAAGCACAUGGAGUGUGGAGGCAAAGGGGUUCAGCAGACUUGGCAUUGGACACCAGCAAGAACACUUAUAAGUCUCCGGAGCAUACCAGCAAGAACACUUAUAAGCCUCUGGAUCACACUCGAUCUUUGAAGCCUGAUGGAGAUUCUGCGAAAUCUGAUUCGAAGUGUUCGAGUGAGUUCGAUGUAUCAGAUGGUUGGAACAUGCCAGGUGAUUUUGAAGGUCCACGUACCACCAUUCCUGUUGUAAAAGAUGAGGGAACGACGGGUAAAGGAAAACGCUAUCCUUCUAAGGGCCAGAGAAGCACAGGAAAUUCUGGACAUCAAUACAAAGACAGCAGUGGGGAAACUCAGCAAAAUCACACUCUGUCAGGAGCUUCUGACAUAAACCAGAUGGACAGAAGCGCUGCAGCAAAGGAAAAUCUUGGCAUGGGUAAUCGUACUCCACCACAUUGGCAACCAAAGUCCCACAUGCUUGCAGUUAAUAAUCAACAGGCAGGUAUGUCUACCAGAGCCCAAAAUGUUAAUAUGGAAGGCGGUCGGGCCGAUAAGAGGGAUUAUCAUCAGGAUAAAGUUAAUGUUCCCCUACGCAGUGUGAAGGGGAGCAGUGAUAAAGGUGUGGGUCAAUCAGAUCAAUUAGCAUCUGAAGAUAAAAUUGUCUCAGAGGUACCACACGUUGGAAAUCUCGAUCCAAGAAGAGAGAGAAAGCCAUCUUCAUUGAGGGGACGCCCCUACUCCCCAAACCAAGGUCCGCUUGUCAAAGCUGAAUUACCUCCUGCUGAAAGUGCUGAAGCUAUGCAAGAGCGGAGCAACUCAGGUUUAAGAAGGAAUGUAAACCAAAACAAUCGUCCUGCCAGAAUGCAGGAAUCUUGUGGAGAUAUGUUCUCGGGGAGAGAUAAUUGGCAGCACAGCACCUCCAGUGGUCGAGAAAGGCGGAGGAACAACAUGCAUUAUGAGUACCAGCCAGUUGGGCAAUACAGUGAUAGCAAAUCAAGUAAUUUUGAAGGGCCAGCUGAUGGUUCUCACAAUGUUGGUCAGAGAUACAGAGAGAGGGGUCAGGGUCAGUCAAAGCGUGGAGGUGGGAAUUUCCAUGGUAGGCAAGGUGGCUCUGGCCGAAUAAAUGCCAAUUAUGAUUGAUUGAUGGGGAGGCUAAAAUGUGGAUUUAGGUCUUUUUAGUUUGUGAUGGAUAGCAACUUGCCGGAUAAUCUUUGCUUAGUUUGCAAGAUGUCUGGUGGUGCAGUCUUAGGUGGUAGCUUUUGACGUGGUAAAAGAGAACUUGUUGGCCAAUGUCACACGGGUGAGCUGGACUACAGCCUGGUUUUGCCACAUGGUUUUGGGAAAAAUAUUGUGUUUGGUGCAACAGUAAGUGCGGCAUUAUGAGAACUGUAAUUAAUUUGAAGAACAUUAAAAUAGUUGCCCAUUUUCUCCACAGAAGAAUGUCAAUUCGUAUGAAGCAUUUGUAUGUUGCUAUUACGUUUGUAGUUUUGUACCAUCACAAUUUAGAGGUGUAGCUUUUUCUCUUGGUCGAGAAGCAAGAAUGAUGGGCAGAGUGAAGCUGGUUUUGCCUGCUCCGCUAUGUUAUUUUGUUGAGAAAAUGCCCAAAAUUUUUCCCUAUCUUUGAGCUUCGUCUCAAAAUCAUCCUCUUUGACAUGGUGCACUAAUAGUCCUGAUAGUUUUAUCAAA